AUGGCUACCGAGAAGCACUACUCUCCAACUCAUCUCGAAGAUGAGAAGAUCGUCCAACAAGAGCAUAUUGAGGACACCAACACUCUCGACCCAGAGACUGGCCGCGCCAACAAGAGAGGAGCCAACACUCAGCUUGAUGACGCUGCCAGGUUAUUGGCCGAAGCUGGCGGACACGUAGAGUACACUCCAGAGGAGUCGAAGCGAGUUCUUCGAUUGAUCGAUUUCUACGUCUGUCUACCCAUGUGUUUGGUCUACUUCAUCCAACAGCUUGAUAAAUCAUCCGUAUCCUACUCUGCGGUUUUCGGUCUUCAGACGGAGGCGGGAUUGGUUGGAACCCAGUACAGUUGGCUCUCCAGUAUUGUAUACAUCGCUCAACUUAUCUGUCAACCUCUGUCCUCAUACGCUUUAAUCGUCUUCCCUGUCAAAUACUGGGUCAUGUUCAACAUGAUUUCUUGGAGUAUCGUUACCAUCGUCACCUGCGUUGGUAAAAACUUCACCGGUCUCUUGAUCUGUCGACUUUUCCUUGGUAUCUUCGAAGCUACUAUUCUUCCAUCAUUUGUGUUGAUCACUCAGAUGUGGUGGCUCAGAAGGGAACAAUCAUACCGAACCAUUGCCUAUCAGAUCGCCAACUCUUUCGCCGCUAUCUUCGGACCUCUCUUGUCAUACGCCAUCGGGAAAGCUACUGAGAGCUCCAACGUCAUCAAGCCAUACCAAGGCAUCUUCCUUUUCAUGGGUUCUUUCAGUUUAGCUUUGGUUCCUCUCGUUUGGUAUUUGAUGCCCAACUCGCCCACUACCGCCAAGUUCCUUCGAAAAGGCAACGACAGACUCAUCGCCAUCGACCGAUUGAAGGAGAACAACACUGGUACCAAGGCCUCCAAGUUCAAGUGGAGCCAAGUUUGGGAGACUUACAAGGACCCUAAGACUUACAUGUGGGCUGGUAUGUGGUUCUGUGCUGCUUGUCCUUCUGGUGGUAUCGGUGCUUUCGGUGGUCUCAUCACUAAGGGUUUCGGUUUUGACACCUUUACCACUAUUCUCAUGCAGAUCCCGACUGGUGCUAUUGGUAUCACUGCUCUUUUGCUCUCCAUCUACAUUACCAACCGAAUCAAGAUGAGAUGGCCAGUCAUUGCUGUUAUCGUCCUCUUCCCCAUCGCUGGUGCUCUUUCUCUUACUCAAGUCAACCACAAGAAGACUGGUGGUCUCAUGGCUUCUUACUACGUUGCCUACCUCUUCUCGGCCAUCCAACCAUUGCUUAUCUCGUGGUGUAAUCUGAACGCUGCCGGUACCACUAAACGAGUUGUUACCACCGCUACUAUGUUCGGUGCUCUAACCAUUGGUAACGUUGUUGGCCCUCAAGUCUACCUCGCAAGAGAAGCUCCCUACUACCACACGGGUCUUUACGUUGAUAUCGCCUGUUGGUGUAUCGAAUUCAUCCUUGUCGUCUCCAUGGGCUUCUACCUCAAACGUCUCAACAAGAAACAGGAAGCCCGACGAGUCGCCAUGGGUUUACCUGCCAACCUCAAGGAUAUUUCCAUCAUGUCAACCGCCGAGGCCGAUGCCUACAAGAUUGAAUUGGAACAAAUGAUGGCUUCUGCGGGUGUUAACAGAGAUUUACUCAAUCAAAACUCUUUCGACGAUAUGACUGAUUUCGAGAACCCCAUGUUCAUGUACGUCUUGUAA